AACGAAAAACGAAUAUCAUAUCUUGCACCGCUCGCUAGUCGCUGUGUUGCUACUUUCGGCUGAGAAUAACUUUAGACUGACAUCAACUUUGCAUAAUCAUUUUAAAGAAAUAGUAACAUGACAGGUAAAGUGUCGACAAUGGAAAUUGGAGGAGAUUUUGUAUCAAAUCCAAUUCCUCAAAUCUUGGCCACUCUGGCAGUGGCCACGUCGUCUUUCUCGUUGGGUGCAAUUAUUGCAUGGACUUCUCCAAGUAUUCCCGACCUUGAGAGAACUGGAAGUUUGGGCAUUCUGACCCUUGAAGAUAAGUCUUGGAUUGCAUCAUUAGUGACUAUAGGAGCCUUAUUAUGUGGUCCAUUUUCUGGAUAUAUAAUAGAAAAAUGUGGAAGGAGGAGUAGCUUGCAAAUAUUUGCAAUAAUAAUGACGAUUGGUUGGUGCCUUAUGUCCACUGGGCUGAAUGUUCUAGUAAUGUGUGUAGGAAGGUUUUUAACAGGAUUUGCUAUGGGUGGAAACAUUCAUAUUACGAUGGUGUAUCUGAGUGAAAUCUCGGAAGAAAAGAUUCGUGGAAUUCUAAUGUCACUGACAUACAUCGAAUGUGCCUUAGGAAUCCUUUACAUUUACGUUCUUGGCAGUUUUGUGUCAUGGUUCACUCUGACUGUAACCAAUAUUGUUUUUCCUGUCAUCUCGUUUUGUUCUCUCUUUUUUAUCCCCGAAUCUCCACUGCAUCUCAUGAACAAAGGGAGAAAGAAGGAGGCAGGCGAUGCUUUGAUGUGGUUACGACGUGCUGAUAGCUUUGAACAAAUUGAAUCAGAAUUUAGAAAGCUUUUAGAAAUAAGUCUGCAGCCAACUAGUAAAAAUGGAGACGUCAUACAAGAAAAUUUUUCAGCUUUCACCAGGGGAAAUCUAGGCGCUCUUGCUAUCGUUGUGGGUCUAAUGUUAUGUCAACAACUAUCUGGGGUGAAUGCAGUCGUAUUCUAUUCACUUUUCAUAUUCGAUACUGCCGGAACAGGGCUGGAUCCUAAUAUGUGCUCAAUCAUCGUGGGUGUCGUGAUAUUGGUUUCGGUUUUUAUUAACUUAAUGCUAAUUGAUCGAGUUGGUCGGCGAGUGCUUCUUAUUGUUUCGCAAUUGGGGAUGACACUUUCACUCGUUUCUCUCGGGACGUUUUUCUAUUUAAAGAAGGAAAAUGGGGGCGAAACGCCGCCCGGACUUUCACUCUUGCCCCUGUUCUGUCUGAUUUCAUUUAUGGUCACUUACAACUUUGGAGCUGGUCCUGUGCCGUGGAUAAUGAUGGGGGAACUUCUGCCCAUACAAAUAAAGAGAUUUGGAUGUGCUUUUGCAACUUCGCUCAACUGGGUCCUGGCAUUUAUUGUUACCAAAUACUUUGAAAAUUUAGUAGUGCUGCUGGAUAUUCACAUGUGCUACUUUCUAUUCGGAGGAUUCUGCUUCAUAGGUCUAAUAUUUUGCAUCAUGUGGGUACCUGAAACUAGAGGCAAAAGUUUGGAAGCCAUUCAAAUGCUUUAUUUUCCCAAAUAAAUAAUGUUAUAUAAAUGCAA